CUGUACCUUGAGCUCAACCCCUCUAAAUGAGCGUUCAACGCUACAUGAUUGCCGUGACCUGUGGCGGGUCUGCGGUCGCCAUCGCAGCAGCGCUCUGCAUCACCGUGUCUCUUUUGACUGAGAUCAACUCAUUCUAUGAUGAAGUGAUUACGGACAUGGGCGAGUUCAAGGGCUAUGCCGAUGACGCAUGGAAGCAGAUGCUAAAAACAACUGGAGGCGAUCGUAGCAUGAUGAUGCUGGCUAGAACUCGUCGUCAAGCUUAUCAAGAAGCACCGACAGGAGGUGGUGAACCAGUGACAAUCAAUGGCAAUCAGUGUAACUGCGCUCAGCAAUCAACCCAUUGUGCGGCAGGACCUCCAGGAAAACCAGGAGCGCCUGGAUUGGAUGGCGAGGACGGUCUGCCAGGAAAAGGGGGAUUACAUGGGAUGGCCGUGGCAGCUCAUCACAUGAUGGGAGGUUGUAUCCAAUGUCCAGCUGGCCCGCCAGGACCACCAGGACCAGAUGGAGCUCCUGGACCAGCAGGUCCAAGUGGAAAUCCAGGCUCGGAUGGCAGUGCUGGAGGGGUCGGAGCGCCUGGACCAGCCGGACCAGCCGGAGCUCCAGGACCAGAUGGUCAUCCUGGUACUCCUGGAACUCCUGGACAGGAUGGUGCUCCUGGAACCAGAACAUCAAAUCUUCCUGGACCUCAAGGACCUCCUGGUCCACCUGGAGCACCUGGUCAUCCUGGACAGGACGGAAGCAGUAGCACAGGAGCCCCAGGACCUGCGGGACCAGCUGGGGCACCUGGAAGAGAUGGCUCAGCUGGUGCACCUGGAGGUGUUGGUCAGGCAGGAGCCAAUGGUUCACCUGGAUCCGAUGCUGCAUACUGCCCAUGCCCACCUCGUAGCAUGCUAGCUGCUAGCGGAGCUUCCCUUGCUGGAGAAGAGAAAACUGAAACCAAGGUGGCGCCAACUACUGGUAAUGAAGACAACGCUCACAAGGUAAUUGUUGCUUCGGCUGGAGAGGCUGGCGUCGUUGCAACAGACAGUGCGGCUGCUAAGAGAGCCACUGGAGAGGAAGCUUUGACUGGCGAAAAAGCUGUAGCAACUCAGCCAAGCGGUGCAGUGCUCGGAGAGAAGACAGCCGAAACACAACCGGCUGUUGCUGCUCCAACUGCUGUUGAUAAGCCUGUAGAUAACCAUCCCGUUGCCGGCACUCUUGCUGAGGCUGAAGGUUCAGGUGAAGGAGCACCAUUGACCGGAACAGUUCACACGGAAAACACUGGAGACAGUACCGUUAAGACAGCUCGUACAAGCGGAGUGGAAGCACCCAAGACAGGUGAUGAAGCACUUUUGACGGGGGCAAAAACAGCGGCCGCAGAAGGUUCUGCUAGCCCUACAUCGCUUGAAGCUCCUGCUGGAGCUGUUCUAGCUGCUGAACCACCAGCACCACCCAAUGUUGCCGCUCCAGCUUAUCCAUCAUUUGGUGCUGGCUCGCUUAGCUCUGCUAACAGACUUCGUCGAUACUUCAGCAGACGCUUCCAUGCCUAA